AUGGAUGCAAUAACAGAAUCACCUGGGCGACAUCGACCCUUGUCGCAUAAAUAUGACACGAUAGACAGAAGAUAUAAAUUUUUUGAAGCGACUCGUGUUUAUCGACUGCAAACAUACUAUCCAUUGGUACAACUUGGUCGUUCCUCAUACUCAGCUACUCGACGCAAGAAUCGGAAGUCCAAAAUUUCGACCGGAAGUGAAAUGGAAAUUGACCAGAUAACGACCGAUUCAGAAUUCAUUAAGGUAACGCAUACUACAAUUAACGAUUUGUCAAAUGAUAUAUUGUUGACAAUAUUUGCUUAUUGUCAUCCGAUUGAUUUGAUUCAUUGUUUCUCAUUGGUAUGUCAUCGAUGGAAUUAUUUGGCCAAUCAUUCCACUUUUUUCACCGAAGUUCGGGUAUUAGUUAACGAUAAUUCAUUGAAAUAUGGUAGCGUGAAAUCAUUCUUCUAUAGGACUUCGCAGUAUCUUCGAAAAUUGUGUAUUGAUUGUUCUGUACCAUUGCCAUCCACCGAAGUGAACGCAUUAUUCGAUAUUUGUUUUCCUAAUGUAAUCCAUCUCGAUAUUGGCUCAUUUAAGGAAAUGAAUACUACACUAUUGACAAAAUUAUCAAAUAGCUUCCCGAAUGUUAAAACUUUGCACAUGGAAAGAGUGAGACAAAGUCCAGGGUCUGAUAGUCCAGACGAAUGGAAAAAGACGUUGGAAAUGUUAUUUGAAGAUGAAAACAUUUUCCCAGAAGUGAGAAAUUUCUUUGUUGGUAAUGUAAGUGUAUACAGUUCAGAAAAUGAUCCAAGAUUGCCUGCUUAUAAACGUCCGCUGAAUUUAUUACAUAUUUACGAUGGAGUAGCUGACAUUGAUUUCAGCAUGAUUAGAGUUUCUCCAUGGAGGUAUACUCUUACCGAACUUCAUCUUGGAUCUUAUAUUAGAAAUGAUGGCAUUGAGUACAUUGGUCAUUUGCAUAGUUUGAAAGUAUUUUCAUGGGGUCUUAGUCUCUACACUUUCGAUGAAGAGUUUGCGCAUAUAAAGAAUUUGUACAACUUAGAAGAGCUACGGGUAUGGUUUGGUGGGCAAGAUUGUAAUGUUACGCCCGAAGGGUUGAUUACACUAUUUACUUUACCACAGAAUGAACCUGAAAAGUCAUUCCCAUAUAAACUUAAGCAUUUAGUAAUCUCAAAUUACUUGGAAGGCACGGUCGAUCUUUUUAGAGUCAUUGAUCAGAAUUGUCCAAAUUUGAGAACACUUGGUUUGCCAUUCAAUGAUUAUUUACCGUUCAAUGAUGGAGUUAUGCCUUUCAUUGUUAGUAAUUUUAAACGCUUAUUUUUUCUGGAUCUAAGCAAUUUCGGCGAUCAUUAUAAAGAUGAAGUCUGGGAUAAUCUAGAUGACCGCAAUUUACCAGAUUUACGCCUCCUCAUACUUCAUGGGAAUAAGGUUAAUGUCGAAAAUCUGCGACGCUUGAAUUUGAAACGACCCAAAUUAUUAAUUUCAACCAAAUGGAACUAUUUUAUUAACUGGACUCAAACUGAGAAUGGUUGCAUUUUCCACGAUUCUUUUAAUGGUGAUAUCAGAGCGGUCGAGAAUGAUUUGCGCCAAAUCGAUGGGUUGCGUGAUUUUGUAAUAAAUCCGAGAUUAUCCGUUUGUGACAAUAAUGACCUGAACGUUUUGGCACGUUCAUCAUCAGCCGAAUUUUACAUUGACCACAGAAAAAGGUCGUACAGCAGUGACCAUUCUGUCUGA